GUUGGGUAAAAUGUCAUCUUUUUGUACAACUUAUCAGAACAGUAUAUUUUUUGAAAUCUUCACUCAAAAGACGGCGGAAGUCAGAUCCUGCAGCACCCCGAAUCAAUCAGAAAACACCCCAUCAUCAUGAGUUCCGGAUGUCAUCCAGCUGGCCAACAACCCCUCAACCAUCAAGCUAAAAGUGUCACCGCCGUCAUUCAUCUCCCGCCAAAAAUCUGGGAGCACAUCUUCCGCUUCAUUCCCGGCUUCCAGCUGCUGCGUCUGCGGCUGAUUUGCCGCACCUGGAACGAUGUCAUUUCCGGCAGUCCCGCGCUAAUGGACCGAUUCCACUUCCGCAUAAUUGGGCGUGGACGUCAGGAACGAAUGACGCGCGAGUACGCUCCACCUGGGUUGCAUCCAAUGGCCACCAAAGUACUGGUGCGGAAUUUCGGGAUCGACUGCGUCGGAACCUGGUUCCAGGACUUUGCUCCGAAGCUGACGGAGCUGCAGCUGAUUGACUGUGACUUGAGUGUGGAGGUUUUGUUUGAGAUGCUGCGGCAGGUGCCGAGACUGAAGAAAUUGAUUUUGUUCUACUCGCGGUUCACCGGUUCCGGAGAACCGGAUUUCCGCUUGGAACAGCUCCAAUCGUUGUUGUUGAACAACGUUAGCUACGGGGCUGAUGGCGGUCGACACAUUUUGGACGGAUUCGAUCGGAUCUUUCCUCGCUUGAGCGAUCUUGGCAUUGCGACGGACAUUGAAUCCAGGAAGGUGGAAGUUCUGGAGUGGAUCCGAACGAUGCAGGUCGGUCUGCGGAAUCUUCAGCUGCCCAGGGAGCCUUACAUCAUGGAAGGACUCUGCCAGUUGAAGGAGCUGCGACUUAAGCUGAUAUCUCUGAACGCAAUAUUUCCGGACGAUCUUGAGUUGUGGACCAGGUUUUGCCGGAUGCAGCCGCACGUGGAGAUUCUGACGAUCACGACGAACGAUGCAGAGAUUCUUUCCGAAACAGGCCGAUUGCUGCCCAAGCUGAGGCACCUGGCGCUGAUCGUGCCCGGUCCAGUGGAAGUGUCCUUCCUGGGAAGCAUGCCGCACUUGAAAUACCUUGAAAUCUCUGGAAUUCUUCAUUUCUCCUUCGACCAAGUGUCGUUCCUGAACCACAGCUGCCCAAAUCUGGAGCAGUUCGCUCUUAAGAAUGCGGCAACGAACGAUCUGUUCCAGUUCCUCCGGCGAUCUCCAAAACUGACCCGAAUGAACCUGACCGAUUGCGAUCUGGACUGUUUCGAAGCGGUGCCGGGAAAUUUUCCCAGCCUGAACUUUCUGAUUUUGGACAGCGUUGACUACCCAAACUAUCUGAUGGACACGUUUCUCUGUCGCUGUCCCGUCCUGGAGGAGCUGCACCUGUUCGGCCUCCGAUAUCUGGACGACGACGUGGUUCGCAAGUUUUGCAGCAAGCUGAAGCGGCUGAAGAAGCUGAGCCUGACUUCGAACCGUUGCGUCACGGAUGAAUCCGCCCGGUACAUUAUGAAACACUGCAGCGUGCUGGAAGAGCUGUCCGCGGACUUUUCGGACGCGGUGCUCAAUCGGAUUGAAACCACCCGCCGGAACAUUCGCGUCAAGCGGCGCGAAUGAAUUUAAGUUUAGUUCUUACAAAGUUCAAUGUUACUUCGAAAAAUAAAUAAAAUCAGUCAUAGUCUAAU